AUGCCAGAAUGGGAGUCUGAUUUUUUGGCUCAUGAGUUGAUCCCAUCUUCAUCGCACACUUCAGGAUCAGGUCAGCACAUCUGCGAGGGGUUAAAAUAUCUGACUCAAGAGGGACUAGAGCCAGACGUCAAGACCACCAGCACCACACCAAAACCAGCCCAGGCCUUCAUACAGGAGUCCACGGCCAGUCGAACUCAAGAAGCAGGAGCUGAACAGACCCUGGAGGACAAGAGAUGUGAUCAGGAGGAUCUGAAGAGAGACGAUGAGACGUCCAGGACACAGAGAAGCUGUGGAUAUGAACCAGAGCAAGGGAUGCCAGCUGUGGUGGUCACCCAAGCUGAAGAGGUCUCAUCAGACCAGGCGGAGGACAUACAUUUAUCUGUGAUGCUUGAGGACAUGAUUCACAGUGAUUCCAGUUGCAAUGCGAGUCCUAGCGAUGGCACUGAACUAAGCAGCAGUGACCUGCUGUCCUUGAAAAGUGACACCGUAUCUUUGCUCAGUGAAGCGGCCAUCUCAUGCAAAAGUGAUGAACAGGAGGGACCUGAGGAAGACACUCGGAGCAUCACCGCAUCUUCAGUUAUGUCACUGUUUCAACGGGUACAGAUGGACCCCAUUGAGAAAGAAUGGCUGCGCUGUGCAGCGCUGGGAAACGCUACAACCCUGUACCUGCUACUACAACAGGACCCUACACUUGUCUCCAAAAAGGACUUUGUCACCGUAAGUACAUGAUGACCCUGCCUAUACCCCUUCAUCCCAUCCUCUUUGCUUCAGCUUCAUGUUACUAGAAAGAACUAGUGCAAACCCAAUCAUUAGUUUAUCACCCUUUUCAUGUAAUUCUUAGUUUUACCCUAAUCUAUCUGU